AUGAGCCCUAAAGGAUGCGCAUGCAUACGCAUGCAUGCACUUACAGCCUCACUGAGACUUAGGGAGAAGACAGGUGUGCUGUGUGAUACUCAUGAAAUCGGGAAGAUAACCUCCCUGGCUGUCUGGAUGACAGCAAUGUUGGCAUUUCCGCAAAUAUUUUUAAAAGGGCCAAUUUCAAUUAUAAAUUAGCACUUACAUAAAUUGUAAUUAAAAAAUAGCAUACUCUCAAACUCACAGAAGUGCUUUUUUGAGUGUGGUGUGUUCUUUUAAAUUGUUAAAACAAUUAAUAUCCUUUUACAAUAUUUACCUGAUUUAUUCACUUAAUAUUCAUUAUGGUGAAUGGAUACUAGUUAUAUAUAAAAAAAAAUUUAAAAUAGCCUAAAAAAAUGUUGCUCAAUUUUGUGUAGUUUCCAAGCAUCGUCUUGAAAAGGAACAAAAAAAAAAAAAAAGAGAAAAUAAUGGAUUUCCCCAAAAGUGAGGUAAUAAAAGUACUUAAUAAAUAAGCAAUGAGGGACCAGAGAGAUCAUUCAUUUCAGCAUCUUCCAGCAAGACUGAACCAUAUAACAAAAGCAGUUAAAGAAAAGAAAAAAACAAAAAAUGCAUUCUACAAGUAAGUAAAACACUGUAACCAGAUACUAGACUAGACGUUCCUGUUUUAACUUGCUGAAUUCUAGAGAUCUAGUAAAGAGGUACUUUCAAGUUGCGUUACCAUGGAAACUUGAUUUAGACUAUGAUAACAAAUGUUCUGUGGAAGCCCAAGUUUGAAAAGUUGCAGCUGUAUCUACAUUAUUAAUAGUAAUUAUUGCAAUAUAAUAAUAUUAAUUAUACUUAUCACAGUAAUUAUUUUAGCGUCUUUAUACAUUUAUCUAAAUAUAUCAGUAUUCAUUUUUAAUAAAAUAAAUGUAAGAAUGCUUCAAUAUAUGCAUUUUGCUUAUCUUUUUGUGUACAUGUAAAUAUAACAAUUAUGCACUUGUACAAAUGUUAAUAUUAUUAAUAAUAAUUUUCCUCUUGCAGGUUCAAGCUGUAAAUCAGUAUUUUAUUUGGUGUUAAUUUGCAUCCUGUCCUGGGAAUGGGUCCGUUCAGCACCAGCCCCUUCCAUUAUUGUAUCCUCUGGAGAGGACGUAGGAACGUCCACCUCCAAUAACCGUCCAACUAUGCACACUUCUGUAGAACUGGCGAAAUUCAUUGCACAGCAAGCUAACAUGCUAAACAAAGAGGUGAGUGUCUCACUGGGGGAAAAUGAUAGUGGCAAUGGUAGGUUCUUUGGGACCAAAAAGAUAUUGCAGGGGCUCAGUAAUAAAAGUGAUGGUUUUGAUACUAAGAAUAUACAAUGUGUGCUGUUUAUAUUUCAUAAUAAUGUCAAAUUAUGAAAAAUGUGCCCCACCUCUUCCCUAUAUUCUCUUAAUAGUGCCAUAUAGAUUAACAAAAUCCCUCCUUAGCUACGUAGUGCCAAUUCUAAACUUCUGAACUUUCCCAAACUUCUUACUACCUUGAUGUGGAGGUUAUUUACUCUGAGUGUGUGCAGGGCUACUGAACUUGAAAUAACGCCAUUGAAUUUAGCUUCAUCAAUAUUAUUCUUUAUAAGGUGUAGUGACAUUGAAAGCCAUUUUUGAGUGUAGAGUUUAUAGUCACAUUUUCCUACGCCCUUCCUUGCAUAUUUCUGGGUUAAACUAUUGGUUGAUAAUGAGAUAAUGCAGCCUUUUUUUGAUGCUCUUACAAAGUCACAGCUAGAACAAGUCAUAUCAUCCCGAGGCAAACGUUUUGGUCUUACUGCUGGAAUUCCAGAGGAGUAUCCCUGUUUUAUGUGCACUAAAGGGUUAAAUUAAUCAUGUUAUCGAUGUAUUUACCAAAACAUCAGUCUGCUCCUUGGGGAAAGGCAUUGUUAGCCUUCUGUAGUAACCCCGUAAGGGCCAACACCAUGCACGCCACAAUAGAGGUGGACUUGUCUGAUUUUUGGCCAUUAAGGAGUUAAUUAAUCAGCAUUGCCUACAAUGUAGCUAGCAUUUCCCUAAAUCGAAUCCUACACACACCGCGUUUUCUUGAUAUUAGUGAAUUUUUGCGCAGUUUAGGGGAACUUUUACUCUUUCACCUGACAUAACAAAAACUCCAUGUCAAAUAAAAAGGUUAUAUUGUAAUAGUUAUUUUGUUUUAUAAUAUUUUUCCCACAGUCACAUUGCCAGUAAAUUACCAAAAAAAAAAUACAUAGAAACGUGCUUCAGUCAGUCCUUGCAGUCCCAGGGGAUACUGCCCAACUAAGCAUAUCUCCCUUUUUCAUUUUAUGAGUGAUGGAUUACACGGCACUAGAAGCAAGUUCUUGUAUCGUUUCAAAAAAUGAUUACGCAGUUUGCAAUUAUUAUUGGCUGAAUUCCCAAAAACAGGUCUUGCCACAUUAUUAUGACUGAAUCAUUACUUUUAGUUUCAAUUGUGCGUAUUUUCCCAUAUCUCUACCAAAUCAUCAUGAAAUCACUAAAAGAGUUCUGUUUAGCAGCAAUAUGAUUUACAGAUGACUUGCUUUAACUUUGCGACACCUAGUCAAUUUCCUUUCAUUUAUCUCAGAACUUGAAAAAUUCAACUAUUAGUAUUAUUUAAGAAGAACAAAUGUGUAAGCAAAACAUGAAAUUGCAACAGACCAACAAGCUUCCAGUCUAAACAAUAACCGACAUCCAGGGUGCCCAACAGGUAGAUCCCCAGAUGUUGUAGAAGUACAACGCCCAUGAUGCUUUGCAUGCCUUUAGAACACAUUUAGAAUGCCAAAGCAUGAUGGAAGCUGCGGUUUUAAAAACAUCUGGGGAUCUACCUUUUGGGCACCCCUGCUCUGCAUGAAUUUGACCUGGCCUUUAACAACAAGCAGUUGAAACUAUUCUAUAGUCCAGAUGUAGUCCCUUAAUGCAUAAAAUGUGAUCACAUCCAUCUAUCUAUUGUAUCUAUAUAGCUUCUUACCUAUGUUACCUAUGUCAUAUUUGCAUACCUUUUAACAAUGGAGGUAUAAAAUUAAGACAGGUUGGUAGACCCGAGAGGGGGCCUUACCAGUGAUGCAGCACACGUCACUGACACUAGUGAAAGGAGCGGGCCUGCCCACUGAAGGUCUAAAGAGGUCUCUCUGGCCAGCCCCCGAUCUACAGGACUUUGCAGAGAUCUCUGUAGGGUCUUAGUGCAUGCGGAUAGUGCAAGCACAUCUAAAGAUGUGUUCAUGCUGUGUUACCUGAGGAAACUAAAUCGAGACUGCUGAAUUUGGACUUUUGGGGGUUCUGUCUGUUCUUCUCGACUUAUAGAGCAUAUCUUUCCAUUAUAAUGGUUUUUGUAGUGGAAAAGUACACAAUGUAUUGCAUUAUCAUGUUUUGAGACCCUGAGGACAAUAUGAUCUUGGAAAACAAUAAAACACACAUGUGCUAACUAGCGUGUGCAUUAUUUGUGAUUCUUUAGCUUUGCAAGACCCCCAACCUCUGCGAGAACAGUCUUGAAACACUGAUAGAAAAUCCAUUGAAGCUCCCUACCAUGGUCUCUGAAGAUGGGUGUUUCCAGAAAGGAUUCAAUAAAGUAAGACUACAAUCAUAACAGUAAACUAUUAAUUGCAACGGAAAUAAAGAGGAACUGUUAUAUUUCCGUCACAUUUGAGAUAAAAAUAUCUUUGAUUCCUGUACAUCAAAUGUAGCAAUAUGCAUAUUUAGUAACAGCAGUAAUAGUUGUAUAGUGUAUAUAUACUUAUAUUGUUCACUACCUGCAAGUAUCUGUAAUGUCCUUUUCUUGUUUUAGGAGAAAUGUCUGGGUAAGAUCCAUCAUGAUCUGAAGAAAUUCCAGCCAUACUUACUGUAUGUGGAGAAACAUUUCACAAGCAAACAGGGCAAUGUGGAGUUAAUUCGAUUCAAAACAAUGGUUCUGGCCAACAAUCUUAAAACGGUGAGUCAAUCUGUGAAGUAGAAUAUUUAUUACGCUCAUUAACGCCCUUGAAUUAGAACGUUUAAUUUUCUGUUUACCAAUGUGUUGUACUCAUGUUAGAUCAGCAGGACAAAAAACGGGGCCUUCCUAAUCACCUAUAGCGCACCGCCUGUACAGCCUAAUUGAUAAUGUGGAAUUUAAACAUUUAAUUUCUAAAUAUCAAUUCCAUCUAAUCUGGAUGGCAGUGAUAAGAAUGCUUGGAUUACCUACUCCCAGCACUCCUAGCUAAUGAUUAGGGUCCAGGUUUGACAGAAUUGAUAUUAGUAAUGCGGUGGUGUGCAUUAAGCUGGAGAUGGGAGCAGACUAUUGAGCCAGAGAGAGUGCCAUUUCUUUUGAUAAUACCUUCCCAAAUGGUUUGGCUAAAGACUUUCCCCAUGGUGAAGCAUUGGGAUGGCAAGUGCGCAUGCACGGCAAUCGACAUGUUGCGCCAAUAAACAUCUUAUAGCCAUGCACUGAUUCAAUGUAUCUCUAUGGGAAACAUUCUAAGCAUCUCCAUGCAGAGCGAAUCCCUGAAAAACCCUGAAAAGGCAGCGCUUACAUUGCUGAUACUGCAUUGACAGGCUGUUGGCCUCAGAACUACUACAUUAAGCUGUAGUGGUUAUGGUGCCUAAAGUGCCCCUUUAAUAUAAGAUGUAGGAUGAUGUCUUAUAUGUUAUGUAGUGCAUUGAAACAAUUGUGUCAGUCUUGGUUAAAACGUGUGAGAGGAAGUAGGUGUUUUGAGCAUUACGUUACACCUGUUACAGAAUGUGUUUAGAAAUCCAUAUCCGCUGUCACCGUAGGUGGUAAUCAGACUCAGUGGCUAAAUGAUGAAACCCUGACAUUGCAUUGCUCAAAGUUCCACUUUUACACAUGCUACCUCAGCCAGAGAAAGGGCUUUAAACUGGUCAGUGUAUAAUGAUGAUAAUGCAGUUCUCAACCUGUGGGUCAUUUUUUUUUCUCAUAUCCUUAAUAUUACAGAAGACAGAACUUCAACAAGUAUUCCACAAUUUAACACUGUUACGGAAAUGAUAUAAUCAAAUUAAUAUAUAUAUAAUUUUUAUAUUUGAUGAAAAUUUUUUAGAAAUCAUAUUACAUAAAGAACUGUUACAAUGUUUUAAAUUUUUACAUUCACGUGCACGCAUCAAACUUUAAUGUAUUUUUUUUGUUGUUUUGUUUUGUUAAAGGUGGAAGAGACCACUACUGUGAGUAACACACAACAAUCCAUCCUGACUGACGGAAAGUCUGAAAAUCUGUGGACGCAGAAGGUGACAAGUCACUUGAUUCUGCAAGCUUUCACUGAUUACAUGGAGAACACGUCAAGAGCUGUACGACACAGCAUCAAAAAGGGGAAGCGUGUUUGA